AUGCCGCGGCCCGUCCAGCCCAGGCAACACCACCAAAGGUAUUCACAGUCCUCGCAUGUGAUCCAUUCGAGAAUCCUCACAGCAACUCGACGAUACUCCGAGUUGACAAAGCUCCGAGUUGAGUGCAGCUCCGAGUUUCCAAGGCAUGAGACAAAGAUAGCCAUCUCCGUUACAGUCUUCUCCUUUAUGGCCUGGGUUUCAUACCUCUUUCUGACCAAGGAUGAGUGA